AUGGCUGGCCACUCAGCGGCCUAUGGUCAAGCGUGUCUGGGCUGUUUCAAGACUAAAUGCAAAUGUAUUCCUCGUCCCGAGGGCAAUGGUUGCGAAAGGUGCCACCGUCUCAAGCGCCCAUGCCAUCCCGCCGAUGCGCUACGUCGCAGCGCUAAAAAGCAUAGCUCAUCGGGUGCCCGUAUCGCGAAACUCGAGGGGACACUCGACCAGCUAGUCUCGCUGCUCCAAGCGGGCAAUGUCAACGCGGGCAUCAUGAACAACGCCCACGGCGACAGAGUCGAUCCACCCCCUCGCGUCAUUCCAUCAUACCAAGACGAGGUCGCAGAGGGGACCGAAGGAAGUGGCAUUAUGGAGGACUCGCAUCCCGCUCCUAUCGACGAAGACGACGAAGAUACCGAUGCUGACACCACCGCUGUAUCUGAUUCUUGGUGGGCGACAAGCAAUACGAGCGGCGUUGGCGCCAACGGUAUCCCUCUCGCCAGAUCACCAUCCUCGACCAUGCCGGGCAUGAUUAGGUCGCCCUCUGUACCCCCUUCCACCGCGUCGAUUUCCCUUGACACGUUCAGAUCGCGUAUGCUGCAUCACUUCCCAUUUGUUCAUUUGCCUGCCCACCUCACGGCCGAGCAGCUGCAGCUACACCGGCCGUUCCUGUUCCGCGCAAUUAUCUGCGUGGCAUCGGCAUCGGGGGAGGAGAAGAGGGAAAGCUCCCUUGAACUGAAGCGUGUCCUCUGCGAGACGGCAUUUCUAAAACAACCACAGCGGCAGAAACAUCAAAAACCACAGCAAACAGUCGAUCUGCUAUUAGGUCUCCUUGUCUACAUUUUGUGGGGCUGGGAGCACCUGCACAACCGUCGUAGUCUGUCUCGACUCAUGGGGGUGGCUAUCUCGUUGGUCGGGGAGUUACGUUUUCUGGAUCAAACUGCUCCAGGAAUUACGCACACAAUAAACGAGCUCGAACUAAAAGCCGGCUUCGACGGUGUGUAUGGCAGCACUUCAGAAACUACGGCAACAACGACAGCGACAAGAACGCUGGGUGCUGGAGUGACUAAUACCCAGUUCUACCUCGAGCGCCAGCGAGCCAUUCUAGGGUGCUUUGUGCUUGGAUCGGCCGUCUCAGCAUACUUCUCCCAAAUCGAUGCGCCGUCGUGGAUACCUCAGAUGGACGAGGGCCUUUCUGCCCUUAUCGCCAGCGGCUACAGCGCCGACGCAGAAUGCCCGUCUGAUGCCGCCCUAGCUAUUCAAGUCCGCCUGCAGCUGCUCGCCAUGAAAGCCGCCCAGGUCCGUGAGCGAGCCCAACUCCCGGAUCACCCUCCGCCGGAGACCCUUUCACCUCAAGCUCUCUUGUACAUCAAGACUCUGAUGGGGCAGCUACAAGAGCUCAGGACCUCUAUCCCUCCGGCAUUCCAGCAGCACUUCCUUCUCCUCGCUCAGACAUACUAUACCGAGAUGUGCAUUAUCGAGACUAUCCACAUCCAGGAGUCCGCUCACCCACAACCACCGAUAUGUGGGCCUACGCGCAUCUCCUGCUUUUGGCAGUCAGCACUUGCGAUCAAGUCGUGCACAUCAACCUUUCUAACCCUCUCGCCGUCUGAACUUCUUGGUGUUUCUUUUAUCCAGUGGGCUCAGCUGGCACGGUGCGUGGCCACCCUACACCAACUCAGCGCACUCCAGGAGCCUGGCUGGGAUCCAGCCAGUCUGCGCAGCCUUGUUGAUCUUCAUGUGCUGCUAUCCCGCAUGGCAGACAAGCUAGAGCUCGCUGCUGCUGAAGCUGGCGAACACCCGGUGUCAGUAGACGGUGUAUUCACACAACUGGCCCGCGGCCUACGCAUGUUCCAGUCGGCUUAUCAUGAUAGAGUGCCGAACCAACAGGAAGAGGUACAUAAAGCAAUAGAAGCAGGAAAUAUACCAUGGGCCAGGGCGGAUGCGGAUACGGCUACAGUUGUGACUACGGAAGCAGAUACAGAUGUGUUGGCAAAUGGCCAACAGGGAGAAUACUUGAUGAGUCCCACGUUAUGGCUGGAUCAAUUCUUUGACUAUGAAGAUCAAACAAUGGCUUGA